AUGGAGACAGAGGUGAGGGGGUGCAGGGGGUCGUGGUCGUCGUCCCCCUUCCCCGACCCCCGGAGCGCGGGUUGCGGCAGCUCCCGGCUGCCUUUUGCCGGCCCGGGGCGGGCAGCGCUCCCGGGAGCCGCGGGUUUGGCAAGGCACCCCCGAGGGGGGCGGCCGGGGGGCACCUGGGUGAGGGGGGCGGCCCACGCCGGGGGCCCACACCCGCGUGGAGGUCGUGAACUAACCCCGACAAAGAGCGCGGGCAAUGGACCGGCGGGGUCCGGAGCCUUUUGGGCCGAAGGGGAAUGGUGGGAGAAGGCAAGCGAGCCCACCGGGGGGGGGUUUGUGGCCGGGAUGAGCGUUGUUGCCUUACGCUGUGGAUUUCUGUUGCUGCUCCUUCAUAUCCUGAGAGCUGUUAUUGCACUGGAGGAGAAGAUCAUCUUCAGUAAACUUGGAGACAACGCUACACUGAGUUGUAUUUAUCAAGGAAAAAAAUUGCCCUUAAAAAGUCUACGGGUAUAUUGGCAAAUAGCUGAUGAUCAAGAAGAGUGUUCAGUUGUACAUGCACUGAUCUCCGGUCAAGACAAUGAAAGUGAACAGUGUGUUCACUUUAAAAACAGAACUCAAUUAUUCUGGGAUAAAUUGGAAAAUGGCGAUUUUUCUCUGCUACUACUAAAUGUCAGCCAGAGUGAUGUACGUACGUACAAAUGUGUAGUACUGCAGAAAACUGAAUAUACAAAAGUGAUUCACCAGGCAGAAGUGGUUCUCAGUUUAGCAGCUAGUUAUAGCCAACCAAUACUUAGUGGACCGAUAAGAAACAGUAACAGCACUGGAGAGGAGGUGACUUUCAGCUGCAGGUCUGGCAAUGGAUACCCAGAGCCCAACGUGUAUUGGAUAAACAAAACGGACAACAGCCACCUACUUCCAUCAGAGCUAACGAUCACUCCCCACACCGAUGGCACUUACAGCAUUUUUAGCACACUGAAGGUUAAAGCCACAUCUAACAUGCAAAUAGAGUGCUCCAUAGAAAAUAGAAUACUGCAGGAAAAUCUAUCAGCCAACUACACACAGGAGAAGCAAAGCAAUGGUUCUAGCACAGAAAGUCACAAAAACCUGGAAAAAAAUGGACGAGGUGCUCAAGCAGCUGGCGUCAUUUCCAUUGUCAUUCUGAUGGGUCUUCUAGCUGGUUUAACCUGCUGGCUGUGGAGACGGAGAUCCUCUAAACUAGCAUCCUACACAGAUGUCCCACCAAAUGAAGACAAAGGAGAACUCGACUGUAAGUAUUAA